CGUGAAGGCACCGCUCCUUCCCUGUGAAGCUCCGCUAUCUUUAGCCCUGCCACGGAUCAGAGUGCGCAGUGUGGACGCGUCGGUGUGCGCCGCGGUGCGUGCGUCUCUCUGAAGCUUUCUCGCCUUAAACACGGGAGGAAACCGACGGUGAUGGGGGAAUGACGAGAGCCUCCGCCUCCGCCUCCACCUGCGGUUCUCCGUCCUCGAGAAGACCCCAAGGAUGCUGCUGCUGCUGCUGCUGCCGCGCCGCCCGCGGAACGGGCGCGAGCGCCGGGCCUCGCUGCUGCUGCUCGCCGCGCUCGCGCUGCACGUCGUCCCCGCCGGCGCCAGUCUUCCAGCUCCUGCUAAGUGUCCUCCCUACAUAGACUGUGCCAAGCAGGGACGGCACUUCUGCAAGCCCGGCUCCUCCUCCUGCGGCCGCUGCCUCUCUGUGCUGGAGGAGGACGAGGACGGACGCUGCGUGAAGAGGCCCCGUGUGCAUGGUAAAGGGAGACUGUACCUCGACAUGGACGAGGAGAUCGAUUACCUGCACUCCAUCAUCGAGAAGCAGCAAGUGACCGGGGCCGAUUCAGCAAAGCAGUCAACGAAUCCUGCACCUGGCAUGACCUCCUCAGCAGGUAUUAACAAAAGCAACACCGAUGCCGCUCUAAACAAGCCGGCGAGCCAGGAUCGUUCCUCAUCCGCCGGCCUGCGAGCCGCCACCACCACCCCCCACCCUGAGGUGUCGGCCCCCCCCAGGCUCACCCCACAGGCCGGGACCACGGGCGCAGGCGGCAAGGCCGGUCCCAUAGCGAUACCCAACCACAAGAAUGACCGAUUUCUAGUCAUUUUGAUCUCGCUGUGUGUCGCCGUGGGAACCUUGGCCGUUAUCGUGGCAACGGUCUGUUACAUCAAGUUGCAGAAUGAGUCACGCCUGGCUCAGAAGGUGGACUACCCCGCUUUCAGGGCACCCAGUGCUCCUCCUGCUCCAACCGCGGGUACCACGAUGGGAGAUAAGACUCUGGCCCAAAGCGCUCAAAUGUAUCACUAUCAGCAUCAGAAGCAGCAGAUGCUUUCAAUGGGAAAUCAUAAACCUGAACCGAAAGUCCUUGACUCCGAGGUCACAUCAGAUGAAGAAGAAGUGGGGGGAGACUUCACAGUAUACGAGUGCCCCGGGCUUGCACCGACCGGAGAGAUGGAGGUGAAGAACCCUCUCUUUGAUGACUCGACUCUACAUUAUCAGGGGAAUCAGCAGUGAGAACCAGCUCUCCGCACCCACAGGUCUUUUUGUAGUUAUGAAGACAACAGGCUCAUAUCCUAUUUUAGCAAAAAAUAAAAGUCUGACUUCUCCAUUACUCGUUAACCUCAAACAGGCCCCUUGUUGCUGUCAACACAAGGCAACUGUUUUACUGAUAGUAAGUAAAAUGUGUCCUCAUAACUAAAAAAGAACGUUCACACCAGACACGGCCCCUCCUGUAGAAGAAACCACUCACUCUGUGUGUUUAAAGGUGACAGAGGACAGGAUGAGUCAGAUGAUUGUUUCCCAUCUAUAUAUACAUACAUAUAUAUUACUUUUACCCCAGUAGGGCUGUUAAUCCUACAAAUGUACACUGGGCUCCUUCUUAAUUUAUUUCCGUCUUUCAUUUGUUUUAUCCCGAUGGGUUUUUGAUUUUUCCUUUUAUUUAAUUUAUAUAAUUUCUGCAGCUAUUUCCAAAGAAUGUGGUACAAACACAGUCAUACGUACAACUCAAAAACACAGAUCUAUACAUACGUUGUGAUACAGGCACUUCCCCACAUUCGUUAACAGGUACCCAAGAAAAAAAAAUCUUACCUGGGUGAAACCUCUGUAAAAAGUCCCUGAUACACAGUUAAACGUCGAUGUUGCUCAUUUUAUUUCUUGUCCUAUAAGCUGCACUCGAGACUUUUAUGAAUAUAGGAAAUAAAUAUAUAUGAAAUGAAGUACAUGUCUAUAUACUGUCUGACCGCAUGGUUUGCCUGUGCUGUGCUUUGAUCAGUGAUUCUGCCUCCUGUAUGUUUGCAUCCCGUUGCUGGAGGAGGAUUUACACUUAACUUGAAGACAGACUAUGCUGAUGGAUGUGUAGGUUAGUGUACCUGUCCUGUAUUGUUCCUCUGUGCUCUUUCUUUGUGCUGCAAGAUGUACAUACAAAGAGUGAAGGUAUUCAUCUUUUAUAGAUAUUUGUACAUGCAGAUCAAGCAGAGGAAUUAAAACUUUUUACCACGCUGAAA